AUGGCACUGACCUCUCUUUCCAGAAAGUCUAGCCCAAAUCAAACCAAGAGGCCACCACCCAAGAACCUGAUAAACAUCGCCGGUAUCCCCAAGGAUGUACUGCGUGAAGAGCUCCUGAAAGCCCUCAACCCCUUCACUAUGAAGGAUAAAGCGAUAGAAGAGUUUUUCAACAGACACUCCAUACUCUCGGGGUUCAUUGACAAACCCCUCAGCUAUGCGGUAGGAAAGUAUAUCAGGCCGAAAGACUUUCUGGAUGCCUCUGGCCUGGGAAAGCGCUGCGACCCCAAUAUCAUCUGCGAGACUGUCCAGAAGCUGCGCUAUAAAUAUCCGCUUAACACUACUGCAUAA